CUGCUCCCGACGCCCUUUGUAGUCUAUCAUUACCCCCACCUACGUCGCCAUACACGGUGUUGGCGACGCAGAAGCACCGAUACGCUCACCGUCUGGACUCAUGGACAUCGCUGAGCAUUUCGUUGGGGAGAGUCAGGCGCAGGGCAGAAGGGUGACUCGAUCCUUGCCGCAGCGGGCUGUAACAGGAGUGAAGCUAUAUAUUGAGAAGAACGGAGAUCAGCCAUCGCGAGUGAUGACAUUCUCCAAGUCCCAGACGAUUACUGUGAAGGUGGGGCGCAAGUCGGCAGCGACCUUCGAGGAGGAUUGCUGGCCUGCGGACGAAGCCAUGUUCCGCUGCCCAGUCGUAAGUCGUAAGCAUGCGAAGAUCGUGUUCUCAGACGCUGGCAAUGCAUAUGUUAUGGAUCUAGGCUCUCACCACGGAACUCACAUUCUGAAGCCAGGCGAGGUUGUCUCCAGGCGCUUGAAGGCUCAGACCCCCGCCACCCUCAGCGAUGGCGACGUCGUCACCUUCGGUAAGACCGUCAAGACGGAUAACGAGCUUGUGCGUCCCGUUACUGCGCGCAUACAGCUACUACACGAUACCAUCUCGGACCGUCCCAUUACCUUCAGACGAGUUCCCAGCAAGGCCGCGCCCUCGUCGAGCACGACGUCGCCCGUGAAGCCCUCUUCCGGCGGACGCUUCGGCUUGUUCUAUUCUUCGUCUUCUUCUGAUGAGGAACCUUCCCGCUCGGACAAAGAGCGCGACUCUGACGUAGAAGAGGUGCCCCGUCCUGGCCCCAGCAGUGCCGCCCAGCCUCUGGAGGAGUUGGUCACCCUGAAUAGGCUCGAGGGUAACCGUGACGCACGGCCAGACCUGAGCGCUAGACUUCCGUCUCUCAGGGCACUGAACAUCAAUUUCAAUCCAAUUUGGAGACGUAUCAUGGCUCCGCAUAUGCCUUUAGCUGCAUUGUCCUUACCCGCGGGCCACACAUCCCUCGACGAUGUCUCCUCCGAUAUAGGCGAGGCUGAGAUAGACUCCGAUUACAACCGAUUAUCGUCGUCGCCGGAGAGAGUUUGUGUGGACCCCUCCGAAGCUGGCGAUGUGCGCUCUGUUUCGCGGAGGUCUUCUCCUGUUGAGAAGGAUGAUGUUCCCUGGCGUGAUACUUCCUACUUUGCUCAAGGCAAUGAAAUCCAAGAGCGUGGCAGCAAUGAAGGCGAUAACCUCACAUCGUCGCGGAGCGACCACGACAUCUUGCCGUCUGUCCGCGACAGCUUUGAGAACAUGAGCCAGGAUAUCUACGAAUCCGAGGACGCAUACAUCCCGUCACUCGGCCAGUCUGGAAACCGAUACACGGAAAUCGAUGACGAACAUCCGGAGUAUGCGUCUGCGAGCCAGAUCGCAGAGGAAAACACCUCUAAUAAUCCUUCGCGUUCUGUGUCCUCGUCUAGCUACCGGGAGGGUGAGGAGGUCGAUGGUCAAGGUGCUCCCGACCAUAGUGAGUUCGACAGGUUCAUCUAUUGCGACAUGGAGAUUUCGUCGCCGUCAGUCGUCUCGCUCUCCAGUCGUGCCUCCCCCGUACAUUCCGAGUCAGAGCCAGCUAGAAAUACUGACUCCCCGGCUGUUCCUGUGACCGGGAGUGAUCUUCAGGCCAACCUCACAGCUUUCGAUGAAGGCUUGAGAGAUUUGAAGAUCCGCUUGGAGACCCACAUCGCAGCGACUAAGGAGACAUUGGAAACCCACGACCACCGAGUGGCAGGCGUGAAGGACCUGUGCUCUUCGCUUUCCGAGCGGCUGACUUCCGAAAUGCCUGCAGAUAUCUCUACCAGAGUCAAGGAUGUGGAAGACAGAGUGUCCGAGUUCCAAGCUGAAAUCCAGAAGAACGCAGAAUACUGGAGCUCGACUGCGGGUUAUCGAGAGGAAUUCCUGGAGAACCUUGAGACAGUCAAGAAAUUGGCUGGCGAUAUGCGAGCACUUCAAGAGGUGAUGUCCGCAGAGCUGGCCUCAGAAUUGCAGGCAUUGAGGGAUGCGCGGACUGGAGCUUCUCAAGCUGCUCGUCAGUUGCAAGUAGAGGCGCAACGCCUGCAUGCUACGAGGCCAUUGAAACGCAAACGAUGCAGGUCAUUGAUCGACGAAGCUGAUGUCGGAGGAGGUAUGGAGGUCGAUGAGCCCAGGCCGGCGAAACGCAAUCGUAUCUUGUCCAGCGUCGUCGGCACCGCAACCGCUGUCACCAUCGGGGCUGUGGCUACUUGGUCGGCCCUUGCGUUCACGUAGGCGCAGUCGACCUUCAGGAAGUGUACUGUUUUGUAAGUUUUGGUAAGGGGAGUGAGUGUACGAGGUGUGGCCGUAUAGGAUGACUGUAUUUGGGACACUUUGAAAGUUGUAUUUAUGCCAUUGCUCUUGCAAUUCAUUUCCUGUUGUCUUCGACUCUUGUAUUCGUAAUUGAUCACUAUACACAAACAGCACGAUAUGAUACAAUGGAGGGCGAUCACCGGUUGAUCCCAUAGAUAACGAUAUAGAAAUACGGAAAUAUAGGAAAGCUACCGCACGCGAACAACAAACACGCUCGACAUCACGGAAUGUGGCCAUAUUUCUCUCGCACUUCACGAGUUCGAGCGCGCAACAUAGCAAGAGUCACCACCGCA